AUGUUAAGAAAUAAUGUCUUGAUUGAUGAAAACGUUUCACCUUCGCCUCCUCAACUUUCUGUAUUAAUAGAUAAAGAAGAGGAAGAAGAAGUAUUGUCACAAGUUACCCCAGUUACAAUUACUAAUGUUCAGACAGAAAUAUCAAAG